AUGGGUGAGAAACUAGUUGAAAAUGUGAAGAAAAGUGAUAUGGAUACCUUCUACAAUGAAAAAGUCAAAAUAAUGAAACCAAGAAUACGAGAGCGAGACAAUUUCAUGGAAAGCUAUGCACUCGAGGAUCCGCAUAGCUCGAAUUUGUGCCUAACUAGGAUCGG